GACACCGAAAAUGGUCGGAAGUCUGCUUAUUUUGAGCAUGCGUGUUGAGGAGCAGAAAGCAACAUGGCCGCCAGACUCUUCCGAAUUGCCAAUCCGGCAUCGAAAGUUCUCGCCGUUUCGAAACAGAACCCUGUGAAAUGGCAAGUUGCAAGAGCUAGCUUCACUCCUUACCAGCAAGCUUUAUUGAACAUACCUGAAACGAAAGUUACUACUCUUGAAAAUGGUUUUACAGUAGCCACUGAAGACUCUGGCAGUCCAACAUGUACUGUUGGAGUUUGGAUUGAUGCUGGUAGCCGAUCUGAAAAUGAGAAGAACAAUGGAGUAGCUCAUUUCCUUGAACAUAUGUCAUUUAAGGGAACGAAAAAAAGAUCCCGACAUGAUCUAGAACUUGAGGUGGAGAACAUGGGAGCUCACUUGAAUGCCUAUACAUCUAGAGAGCAGACUGUCUACUAUGCUAAGUCCUUCUCCAAAGACCUUGGCAAAUCUGUGGAGAUCCUUUCUGACAUCAUCCAGAACAGUAAACUAGACAAAUCUGACAUAGAAAGUGAGAGACACACAAUACUGAGAGAAAUGCAGGAGGUAGAAUGCAACCUCCAGGAGGUAGUGUUUGAUCACCUUCAUGCAGUGGCCUACCAAGGCACACCACUUGGACGCACCAUCCUUGGACCAACAGAAAACAUAUUAUCCAUCAACAGGGAUGACAUUACAGAGUUUGUAAGGCACCAUUACUCACCUGAGCGUAUGGUACUUGCUGGAGCAGGAGGAGUGAACCAUGAAGAGUUGGUAAGGUUUGCCAACCAAAACUUUGGCAAUUUACAAGUAGUCAAUGAACACACCGACACUCCACCUCGUAAUCCCUGUAGAUUUUCAGGAAGUGAGGUGCGAGUGAGGGACAACAACAUGCCUCUGCUUCACUUUGCCAUCGCUGUAGAAGGCUGUGGCUGGUCUAACCCUGACAACAUCCCACUCCAGAUAGCCAAUACACUUAUUGGACAGUAUGACCGCUCAAUGGUUGGAGGAGUCAACCUAUCUAACCCUUUUAUAGCAAACUGUGCUGCCAUGAACCUGUGUCACAGUUUCCAGUCCUUCAACACUUGUUACACAGACACUGGGCUCUGGGGCUGCUAUGUUGUGUGUGAAGGUCCUAAGGCUGAGGUCAUGAUGAAGGAGCUUCAAAAUGAAUGGAUAAGAUUAUGUAACAGUUUGACAGACUUUGAGGUGGACAGAGCCAAGAAUCUACUGAGGAUCAGCAUGCUGCUCCAUCUGGAUGGCACACAACCAGUCUGUGAAGACAUUGGAAGACAAAUGCUGUGCUAUGGACGUAGAUUGGACCUGGCUGAAUUGGAAGCUAGAAUAAUGGGCACUACUGCCGCAGAUGUGAAGAGGGCGUGUAUGGAGUAUAUAUACAACAUGUGUCCUGCUGUGGCAGCAGUAGGUCCUGUAGAAGGAUUACCAGACUACGACAGAAUUCGCUCCCAGAUGUACAAAUUGAGGAUGUAAGAGCAAAGAAAACUAGUGCUUAAAAGACAAAAAACUGAUUCAGAAAUGUUGAAAAGCAGUGUGGACUUGACUACCAGGAACUGUGGAGCCCUGUCCUCAGGUUUCUGUGGUAGAUAUUAAGAUCUUGCGUGUGAUAGUUGUUAUGGUGAUUAAAUGUAUUUAAACUUUA